GGCACUGCUCUCCACGAAGCCUGUCGUGCUGGGCAUGUGGAUGUGGUGCGCAUGCUGCUGCUCCGCGGCGCCCCCGCGAACGAGCGGGAUGCUCUCGGCAGGGCUGCCUUUCAGGUCGUGAGCGAAGGCCCUGCGGAGAAGUCCCGCCAGCUUCAAGCGGCCUUCGAAGCCGAGCUCUUCAAGCGCUGCGCCCAGGGCGACCUGGCUGGCGCGGAGGCUUUGGCCCUCGGCGGCAUCGACCUGAACUGCGAGCAGGCCGGCUACAGCCCCUGGGCCUGGGCCGAGCUCUUUGGCCAGAGCUCCGUGGCCGCGCGGAUGCAGGAGUUGGCUUCCGGCGGCCCGGAGCCGGCGGAGCCGGCGGAAGCGGAAGCCCCUGCAAGCCCGGGCGGCAGCGCGAGCCCCGCGAGCGCCGCGAGCGCCGCGAGCGCCGCGAGCUCGACAUGCGAGUCCCGUCCAGUGCACUUGUCGCUUUGGCCGGCCAUGACCGCAUACCUCCACGACCACGCAUGUCUGGGCGGCCGUGAGGUGGCGGUCUUUCUGCCCCUGCUGGACUGGACCCGAGCUGCCAGCCUCCGCGAGGAGCUCUCCUUCUGCUUGCAGGCACUUUGUGGUGAGGCUGGGUGUUUGACACCACGGCUCCGAGUUCCCGGUGGCAGCGGUGGCAGCGGUGGCAGUUCAGAUUCCAAGGAGCUCCUUCAAGUGGACGUGUGGAUGGACCGGAGUGUCUCCACGGACGCUUACGGAAUCGCCGUCCAGUCGAAACACCUUCACAUCACUGCGGGCUCCUUCCAGGCGCUCUAUGUGGCCUUGGAAUCCUUGCGACAGCUUCUGAAGUUCCACGGCGCCGGGAGCGCCUUGCGGCUGCCGCGGCUCCGUGCUUGGGGGCGCUGCCCAGGCCUCUUUGCCAUCUUCCUGGAGCUCUGGCGCCUGGAGCCGCGAGAGCAGGUCUUGGUGCUGCGGCAGCUGAGGGGCCGGGGCAAGAGGCAGAUCUGGGCUCCCGUCCCCGAGCAGAACUUGGCCAGCAUCUGGCAGAUACGCAGGACUUGCAGCGAGCUGGAUGUCGAGCUGGUGCCCAUCCUUGCGAGCACCGCGAGCAUCGAGCUUCUGGCCCAGUUCCAGGGCUGCAGCCAGAUCGGGUGUCGGAGCGGGGAGGCGGCGGAGCUCGGCCUCUUCUGGCAGAGGAUGCUGGCCGCCGGGCUCGGAGAAGGGCGCCUGGCCGCGGUGCUCCAGGCCUCGGGCGCCUCGGCCUCGCGAGGUUUGGAGGAUCUUGCUUGCGACGGCAUCCCCUCUUCCAGGUUCGCCGUGCUGCUCGAGACCCGCCUUGAGGCGGCCAGCCUGGGCUCCGAGGCCGCGAAGGCACUGAAGGCGGCCAGUCGAUUGCAAUGUCGCGGUGUCUCUUCUGGCCUUCUGGUGCGGAGCCCUUCAGCCCUUCCUUUCCAAGUUUGGCAUUGGCAGCCUUUGCCAGGGACGGCUGCCGCCCUCGCUGAGCUGACACGCCAGGCGCAGCAUGCAGAGCUCAGCGAAGUGCUCCUGGAAAUCCCGGUGUUCGGUGCGCCCUGGGCGGGUCCCGGCACCGCUUGGCGGCCGAGUUGGUGUCCCCUCUUCGCCUUCCUGGCAGGCGCCAAGGAUGCGGAGGCCCUGGAAGGUUUGCGAAAGCCAUCCUCCAGGCAGCUCCUUCUCGGGCUCUUCAAGGAUGCCCCCAGCGAGGAGCUGGCCCGGGAGCUUUGGGAGGGCUCCGAGCUCCCCCAGGUCACUUCGCUCUCCGGGCCCUCCGCCUCCGACUUUCUGAGGAGUCUCUUGGAGCUGCUCGCGGGCCUUCUGCCCCAAAGCCUCGACGAGGACCGAGACGGCUGCAUUAGCUCGGCAAACGCAUGGUAUGCACACCUGUCGGAGCGGCGACAGCGAUUACGGGAGUUCCUCGAAGGACAUGAAGCCGUGUCCCAGCACGAAAGGGCAAAAUGUGAACUGCUUCCGGAGUCGCGUCUUCUAAUUGCAUCGGCUUUGACAGGAGUGGAGUGGCUGCGCUUCAGCUGCCGCCUGCUCCUCCUGCUGGCGAAGCACAGUGAGAAGCACACAGCGACGCUCCACGCCGCCCUGCAGGCUCUGCCGCCGGCCAAGGGCAGCGAUGUGCGGAAUGGUUUCUUGAGCCUUUUGCACCAGACUUCCAGCGAGCUUGAGGAGAUCGAGACCCCUGAGUCAGAGGUCUCCCUUCCUCUCCAGGCUGCCAAGGCGUUGUGGCGGGGCGGGCUGUGCCUCCCUCGGGCCGCGAGGGCUCUCUGCCCCGCGUUUGGGUGCGGCCCUGGACUUGCCGCCCUGGUCUGCGAUCUAGGUGCCAUAGAAGAGCUUUGCAGCGUGCUGCUGGAGCCAGAGCUUUUCAGCUACAACCGCGAGAACUUCAAGUUCGACCAAGAUCAGAGGAUCGAGCGAGAGGCUCUCCGGUUGGAGAUGCAGGUGAAGCGCUUCGAGCUCUUUCGGGAGGACGUGAGGGACUUGGUGGAGCUCACAGUCGACCGCAUGGACGUCUACCAUUUGGUUGGUGCCCUCUUCUUGGAGUUCUGCAUCGUUCUCUUCUGCGAGGGUCGAGUGCAGGCGUCGGCUCCUCCUUUCUUACUCUCGCUCUUCCUCCUCUCCAACGCCUGUGCCUUCAUCUACCUGCUCCUGGCGGUCUGGCUUUCCAUGCAUGCCUCGAUCGCGUCGCACAGCUUCGGGGUCCGCCUGCUCACGCGCUUCGUGCGCCUGCCGAUCCCCAGCAUGAAGCAGAUCGCCGGCCUCAGGACGAGCCCUUCGCCUCCCUUCGUAUUCCCUUCGGAUUCGUGUCGCUUCGGCGAGUGGAAGCAAACCUCGAGAUCGAUCGAAAGUCGUAGACCAAAAAGAGGGGCCGAGGAGGAGGUCUCAGCUGCUCGCUGUCGACCUGUGGCUGCAGUCACGGCUGAGGGUACCGGGCAGCUGACACACAGCUGGCAAAGGCGGCCACGUGUCCGCUUGUAG